AUCUUAUGGUUUCUCUUUGCCAUUCACUGAACAUUUCUGUCAGUUUAUAAGUUAAUAUAUUGUUCUGUUGGCAGAUUGUUCCGGUUCCUUCUGAGAGUUUAAACCGGUACAGAGGGUGAUCGUGAUAACUUGAGUAGUGAUGACGGAGAAAGGUGGUGCUGCUGCUCCUGCAGCCCGGGCGGUGCUGCAGCAGUGUCUGCAGGCCAGCCUCCAGGUGAAGCCAGCAGAGGAACACUCAGAGGCUCAGGUUGUCCAGAUCGACAGAGGAAUGGUGAUCUACAUCUGCUUCUUUAAAGGAGCCACAGACGACAUCCUGCCCAAAAUGGUAUCCACGCUGUUGAACCUGCGGCUGUGUGAGUCCGACUCGGGGAAGAUGUUGUCGGUAUUGGAGCUUCCCGGCAGCCUGCUCAUCGUCCCUCAAGCCACGCUGGGCGGGAAGGCUAAAGGCAGAGCCAUGCAGUACCACAACAACAUCGGCAAAGAGGACGGACUGCGGCUCUACGGUGCCUUCGUUUCUCUGUGUGAGAAGGAACUGACGGCUGCAGCUGCUGAAGUGACGGUGAAACAUGGGACAUAUGGAAACAGACAAGUGCUGAAGCUGGACACCAACGGACCUUACACGCAUCUGAUGGAGUUCUGAGAAAUGAAGCUUUGCAAGGACCAAUUAAUGUCUUAAUAUCUACCAACAGGAUGGAAACAGUCACUAAGACUUUAUGUCUAGAGCUGCAGCGAUUAGUCGAUUUGAAGAAAAAUAAUCUGCAACUAUUUUAAUAAUUGUUAAUGUAAUUUUUCAUGUAAAAAUGGCAGAAAAUGUGCUGCUUUUCUCUCUUUAAUAUCAUAUUUAAAUGAAUAUAUUUGGGGUUUGGACUGACAAAACAAGACUUUUAAAGACCUUGGACACUGAGAAACUGGGUUGGACAUUUUUCACUAUUUAUUUAUAUUUAAUAGAUCACACAGAUUAAUCUAGAAAAUAAUCUGCAGAUUAAUUAAUAAUGAAAAUAAUAGUUAGUCGCAGACCUAUAUGUAAUGGUAUUAGAUGUGUGCAUUUGUGAUACAAAAAUUAAUAAAAAAAUACACAGAUCUGGGAAGCUUUUUUAAAUUGCAUUGAAAGAUUAUACAGUAAAACUGAAAAAUAAGCUUCAACUAAUUUAGUAAAGAAUAGAAUAAAGUGUGUCCACCCUGUGUGCCCGAAUGAUGCAGGAGUCUCGUCCGGGCCAGCAGGGGGCGCUCAGGUGUGUUUCCGGUGACGGAAAUGAACAGCACUCUUGUAAUCUUGGGUUACAGCAGUUUUUACAACCUGCGUCAAAACUGCCCUUCUGUGAAGAGAGCAGCAAGUAGGAACAAUAUCAUUUCCGGUUAAUCGAAUUUUCUGCCAAAUUAAAAGCACAUAAUUUAGAGAAGACGUUGUAAGAGUGCUUUUAUAAAACUAAGACCUAUAAAUGUAUUUGCAACAGCUCUGAGAGGACAAUGUUGAUAUGGCUCUCUUACUUGGAUUUAAAUUCCUUUUAAUAAAAUACAUAAUCUGAAACGGGUAGAGUAAAAAUAAAUCAUUGUAAACAUGACAAUUAAAAAAAAUAGCAUGAUUUCUGUGAUGUGAAUUAUAACUUUCAAAAUGCUUAAAGUGAGAUAAGAUAAGAUGUGCCGUUAUUAACCCCCAAUGUGAAUUUGUAUUGUUGCAACUACAAAAAAUAUUAUUACAAAUUAAAUUGUAAAUAAAAAUAAAUGUAUGUAAACUAAAAAUAACAUU